AGAGAAUCGGCGCAACUGACCAGCGGCACCAGGGGGUUCACCCUGAAAAGGUUAUUCUCCAAAAUGAAGGUCCUGGUGCUUCCUCUGUCCAGCCUCUUUUUUCUGUGUCUUCUUCCAAGCCACAGUGCGGAGUGGGAAAGAAAAAAAUGCACACAAUGCGACAAGCAUUUAUUUUGCGACUGCUCUGAUCAAAACCUAGUUCAAGUUCCCAGCAUACCUGAGAACGUUCAGGGACUCAACCUCUCUCACAACCAAAUCGAGGUUCUCAAGGAGGAUGACCUGCAGGAGUACGCACAGCUGAAAACCCUGUACCUGCAGAAUAACAGGAUUCGAACGAUUCACAACAGAACGUUCGCUUCUCUUGCGAACCUGGAAAGCCUUGACCUCUCCUACAACUUUCUCGCCAGUUUAUCCUGGCCUUGGUUCGACCAGCUUCUCUCCCUGAAGCGGCUGAACCUACUGGGCAACUUGUACACGUCGUUGGGGUCGGGUUUCCUUUUCCGGCAGUUGUCGAGGUUGAGGAGCCUGCGGUUGGGGAACCGCUCGUUUCGCUCCAUGGGUAGGAGCGACCUCGUCGGGCUGCGCGGCCUGGAUGAGAUGGUGCUGCACGGUAGUGGCCUACAGAGUUAUGAGGACGGGAGUCUAGGGUCAGUCGGACCCAUCGGCACAGUCACCCUCAGCCUUUAUGGCCCCUUCCAUAGCUAUCCUGCUCUCGCGUCAAAGAUCCUGAGGGACGUCUCUAACCCAGAAACUCUUUUGAUUUUGACAGACGUAACGCUAGCCGAUGAACGCUCAACCCAGCCAAUAGUGGAGCUCAAACAGAAGGCAGUAAGAAGGGUGAUUUUUCGGAAUGUAUCGGUGACGGACAGCGGUAUUGUUAACGUCAUGAGGAUAAUGGACAGGUCAGAGGUGUCUUUCUUAGGUGUAGAGGAUUCACAGCUUGUUGGACAUGGCUUUUGGACAAACGCUAGUGCCACGCAUCCUGACAAGAUGGAGACGUUGUACAUUAAGAAUGUGGCAAUCAGAGAUUUCUACGCCUUUAGCAGUCUCGCGUUUCUUCAAAAUGUUCUUCAGUUCCCCAAAAGCGUGUCGAUCAUCAACAGCAAUGUCUUUCUCAUGCCUUGCCCAACCUCCAAACUCUUAAAAAAGCUGGAGUAUCUGGACUUCAGUGGGAACUUGCUCACUGACCUGGCCACAAAAGAGUCCUUUUGCAAUGGGGAAGGAACCCUUCAACAUCUCAGGUCUCUCAAUCUAAGCAGGAACUCUCUCAGUUCUCUUGCCCUUAUGAGCACACUGUUCACCAACCUAAACCAGUUGACAUCCCUGGAUUUGAGUGAAAAUGAUUUUUCUGACAUGCCCGCGCAGUGUGCUUGGCCUUCCAGCCUACAAUAUCUAAACCUGUCCACAACAAAGUUGCGAAGAAUAACGCCCUGUGUCCCACCCAGCUUGCACAUCCUGGAUUUAAAUGACAACGACCUGACAGAGUUCAAUUUAAAUCUGCCAAACCUAAUAGAGCUCCGCAUAUCAGGCAACAAGUUCAAGAAAUUGCCACCAGGAAUUUUCCUCCCGAGCCUGGAGGUGUUGCUGGUUCAGAGGAACAUGCUCAGCAUGUUCGGCAAGAGCGAUCUGAUGGAUUACAAGAAGCUGCAAGAACUGGAGGCUGGUCACAACAAGUUUGUGUGCUCGUGUGGGUUUGUGGCGUUCUUUCAGCUGGAGGUGGGACAGCUGGUCAGGCUGCGAGACGGUCCCGAGAGUUACCAAUGCGACUCUCCAACUGCUUUGAGGGGACAGCAGGUUGGAGACACACACCUCUCUGCCUUCGAGUGUCACAUGGUGGUGGCGGUGUCCGUCCUCUGCACCCUGGUCUUUUUGUUCUUCUUCAUCUCCGGGGUCCUUUGCUACAAACUCCAUGCAAUUUGGUACUUGAAGAUGACCUGGGCAUGGCUCAAAGCAAAAAGGAAGAGGAGCGUCAACAGGGACGACAUCCGCUAUGACGCCUUCGUCUCUUACAGCGAGAGGGACUCGGAGUGGGUGGAGGAGUUCCUGGUGCAGGAGCUGGAGAACGCCCAGCCGCCUUUCCGGCUCUGCCUGCACAAGCGCGACUUCCUCCCCGGGGGCUGGAUCGCGGACAACAUCAUGAACGCCAUGGAGAAGAGCCGCAGGACUCUCUUCGUGCUGUCCAGGCACUUCGUCGGCAGCGAGUGGUGCCGGUAUGAGCUGGAAUUUUCCCACUUCCGCCUGUUCGACGAGAACAACGACACCGCCGUUCUGAUCCUGCUGGAGCCCAUCGCCAAGGAAACCAUUCCUAAGAGGUUCUGCAAGCUGCGCAAGUUCAUGAACUCCAGAACCUACCUGGAGUGGCCUGAAGACGAGACCCAAAGGCCCAUGUUCUGGCACAAUCUUAAAAUGGCAAUUAAAGCAGAUGAAUGCUAG